UGUAUGGGUUCUUACCUCCAUAAUGUCAUUCAUUCAUGUGAAAACGACCACCGCUUCCCAGCUACCAGGCGUGGCAAGAUUUAAAGCUGUCCAGGGAUGUCACGUUUGCGUAACAAACCCCAACUUAAAGACAACUAAAUUAGAGGCGGGUACAGAAUGGAAUCAAAACAUUCAUAUCGGAUAUCCACUACUUAAUUUUUCUUCAACUUACCCUUCAACUUCAACUUAUCUCACCACGCUCAAAAUGUCGAAGGUUUCGCUGGUACUGCUGCUGGCCGUCGCCUACGUUGCCGCUAUGGACGGAGACGAAGAAUCCAACAAAAUUGCCAACGACGCAUGGAAGGCGAACAUCGUGGACGGGAAGCCGAUAGCUUCCUACUGCAGUGGCCGACAUAUGAAGGCAACUUUGACCGUCGUGAGCUAUGAAACGUCGGCUACGGAGCCCGGCAUCACCAAAUACUCGAUGGUGGUGGACAUUAGCGUGCCCAAAUCCGGUUCCAGUGAGGCCUUCACCGAGACAAACAAGGUCUUCGUGGUAACCAAAGGACCCGGAGAGGAACUCACCAUUGGAGAAAAUCCAUGCCGCCCUGAUUUAUCGUAAAUCAUAUCUACAUGGCCGCCCAGAGCCGAUUGUGCUUCUAAUCGCAUAAUACUUCGUUAAGAUUACAGGGAAUCAGAGCUAAUUCUGCUGUCUCGAUGCUAUCAUGCUUUUUCUUGCCGCGCGAAACGCUUAUAUCAUACAUACGCCGCUGACAAAAUUAAUGACAAUUACAGUGGUAACAAUAUUUGGCCAUGGCGGGAAUGAUGUUUAUGAUGCUUUUGAAGGCGUCAAUAUCAUAAAUGGCCAGAAACAAUUAAAACUAAAAAGCAAAAAGCGUGGAAGAUUUUUUUUCAACGCCGA